AUGAGUUCCCAUGUGUGUGAAGCAUUUAAAGAUGUUGAGAAUCAUUUGCCUGAUAAUUAUUCUUUCGAUAGAAGUAAGGUAUCUACUGCUAUACGAACUUAUUGUCAAACUAACAAUAAAGCAUGGAAAGGAGAAUGUUAUACUAUCGGUCAAGUAGUUAGUGCUGUUACUAUGUUAUUACUUAAUAAAUUAUUCGUUGCGAAUAAAAAUAUAGAAUCUGAAAAUAAAAAUAACGAAUAUAUCACGUAUGUUAUGCUAUGGUUAAGUAAUAAAAUGAAACUAAUUAAAACAGGGAGAUACGGAAGCGUGGCAGAUUUUUAUGUCACGUUUAUAAAAAAUAAUAAAAUUUAUAUAAUAUAUCGUGAUAAAAUCGAUAAAAACCGCAAAAUAAUGAAUCUUAAUAUUGAUAGAAUGCGUACACUUUAUGGGUUACUUAAUAACCUAUGUAAUGCAAUUACUAAAUAUAACAACGGUUCUUCAAAUUACUCUGAUUUUUCAAAUUUUGUUAACAAUUGGAUAAUACAAUACAUACAACUUCUUUUAAAAAAACCUAAAGUUUUUGAAGAUGAAUAUUAUUGUGAUGUAUUGGUGACUUUAAAAAAUGCUUAUGAGAAAUUUAAAAAAGAUAAUGAUACCAAAAGUUGUUUUCCAGAAAUUAUAGAGAUAGAAAAAAUAAAAACUUGUGAGGAAUUAGGUAAAGAAGCAAAAAGUUCAUCGAAAGUUAUAAAAGUGGAGUUCAAUGAAGUGAAGGGGGAACAAAAUUUAGAGAAAGGGAAAGAUACCUCUAUAUAUAUAGAUGUUAUUAAAAGGGCAUUUGAAACGUGUAGUUCAAAUUUUAGUAUUACGUUUACUAAUAUUAGCAAUAACUUAUAUGAAAAGUUGUUGCCACCAAUAACAGAUUUUUACGAAAAAAUUAUAAAUCUUGGUGAUAAAACUAUUAAUUAUGUGAAUGAAUAUUUUAAAAAUCCAAUAGAAACUUAUACAUUAGAUAAUUGUAUACUUGAUCCACAAGCCACAAGAAAUGAAUCACCAUCUAAUGACCUACCAUCACCUCAAGAUUCUGGAAUCAAAGUAGCAGAAAGUGGAACAACAGAAAUAGGUGAUAAUCCCCUCAACCUAUACAAGAAAAUGGGAAUUUCAAUUCUAAUUAUUUUAAUACCCAUUGCUUUAGCUAUUAUGUACAAGUAUUUGCCAUUUGGAUGGAGAAAGAAAUCGAAGAAAAAAAAAAACAUGAAAAAGGCUAUAAAUAUGUUUGAUACAAAUGAAACAACAGAAGAAGUUAUAAACCCAACUGAUCGAAAAAAACAAAUGAAAAUAACUAUAAAUUUAUCUAGUCAAAACAAACAGGAUAAAAAGCUUACCAAUUCAUCUACUCCAAAAAAACAGGAUAAACAAUUUAUAAAUUCAUCUACUCCCAAAAAACAGGAUAAACAGUUUAUAAACUCAAAUGAUCGAAAGAAAAAAGUGGAAAUAAUUAUAAAUUCAUCUAAAAAAAAACAGACUAAGGAUUUUAUAAAUUCCACUUAUUGGGGAAAAUAUCCAUUAUUAAAUAUAUAUAAACUUAUGAAGGCCGAUCCUGUACCAUUUAUAAUUUUAUUUUUGUUGUUUAUUUUUUAUCUUUAUAAAAGAAAAGGCGAUUCUUUAGAAUAA